GAUCUUGAGCUACACAUCAGUCACUGCAACUCCAUAGCAGUUGUUUUACUCUUUGCUUAGAAAUCCAACGUUGAAUUCCUCAAACAUCAAUUUGAUAUACUUAGAAUGGCCCAACCUACAGAACUAGAAGUUGCUGCUGCUCCUGCUCCUGCUCAUGCUUCAGCAGAAACCACUACAAAGGAUGGCAUCCAAAAGGCCUUCAAAAUCUAUGCUCGUUUUAAAGAUGCUCUGAGCAAGCUUGUCGAUGAAGCUACUCGAGUCAAAUCACUGGAUCAGAGCAACCAGCACUUGACUGAGCUCAACGAUAUCUUGGAGAGUGUGCUGCUUCAUGGCUUCAAAAACCGUAGACAAUGGUUACGCUCAAGCACGUUAAACCGACCCAUAACUUCGGCAGAUGUAUGGCCAUUCAUUCAAUUCUCUUUAGAAUAUGCAUCUUCAAACACUCUGGUUGUUUCUCCAGACGGCACUCCGUCCACAUCGCCGCUUACUGCAACCGGCUUUGGAAGUUUUAGCAGCUUGAGCAGUUUAGCUAGCAGAGCAUACACUUCUCCAAAUAGUCCAACUUAUUGUUCCGCCUUUCCUGCAACAGUGGCCACCACCAAUUUGCUAUCAACUGUCGUAGCUCUAACCGAAUCUGCUUCGGAAACUCGCACAAAAAAAUAUUUACUAAUGGCACUUAUGCAGCAAACUCUAGGCGAUCACAUUCAUUCCAUGUCAGAGUUUCCUCAGUUGAACCAAUGGUACGAGCCGUGGGCAAUUAUGCGCACACCAGAUAUCAUCACUCCUAUAAGUGGCAUGCUCCAAGGACUUUCGCAACUGGAAUUCAACUUUUGUCUGAAGGAAUCGGAAACAAGCGAUGACGAAAAUCUAAACAAGCUCAAAUACAAACCAUCUGUGUCACAGUUGCUUCUUGACCGUGGCGAGGAAGUGCUCAAAUCUGGUCUGGCAGCCACUUGGACCACAUUUGGUCGCGUUCAAUCUCGAGUAGAAGCCGCGCGUGGUAUGCUGGACUUGAGUAAGCCUAUUGAUCGAUCGGCAUCACCCGAGCUGGUUGCAGCCAAAGACUCUAUAUCAAAACUUGCAUCUGAUCAGCAAGCACUCACCAACAAACUUGAUGAGGCGCUGGAGGCUUUGAAUUCUGAGCGUCGCGCACGUCUUGCAAUAGAAGUUGAACUUGUGUCUGUUAAAAUGGCAAGAGAUAAAGAAGUGACUCGAUUGCGCAAGGAGAUGGGACGGUUAGGAAACCAGCUGACCAUUUUAAGACUUGAACCGACUGAUGUUCAACAGCUGCUUCUUCAAAGUCAAGAUGAGGUGCGAACAUUAAGAGAACAGCUUGAACGAGCAAAACUUGUGGCUCGGCUUGCCAAGGUGCAGCUUGAUAAAUGCUAUGCCGAUGUAGGCAAUAAUGAUGCAGAUGCUCAAAGUCGUGGGGGUGACCAAAAUGCUUGAGUAUGGACUACUUUUCCUGAUUAGCAAAUAUGCAAACCAUUUGAUUUUUACCCAUUCAGCGCACACUACCCAUUUUUUCAAAUCAAUAAAUAGAAUAAUAUUCCA